GCGUGGCGCAAGUAGGAUAGAGUUUCCCUCCGGUAAGGGAUCCUUUUGACCGCCAUAGAUUCGGUUUCUCCCUCCCUAGUUACGAGCGUGCCAACGUCUUUCAUUUUAUGACAACUAUUCCUUCUUCUAAUUCAGCCAGUCGGAUAAACUAAUGCAGGAGGUGGCCGGCGGCGCUCGGCUGCGGUCGCUGCCCGGCGCGGUGAUCCCUCUCCCGGGACAACACGCAGGGCUGGUCGUCGUAGGAUGCCUUCGCUGUGGAAACGGAUAAGCUUCUCGGCGGCCUCGGUGCUGUGCGUCGGAUCCGUGGCUCUCCUGCUGGUGGCCCUGUCCACAGAGCGCUGGGUCACCGGGCGCAUCUUGUGCAAAACCGGCGUCGACAUCGUCAACGCGUCCCACCCGGAGCUGGAGCUGUUCACCGGGGACGUCUACUACGGUCUGUUCCGCGGAGGCAAGACCAAGAAGUGCGGGCUCGGGACCAGGCGCUCCAAAAUCCACAUUUUUCCAAAGCUGGUGCGCACAUUGAACGGCGGCCUUCACAUGAUGGUCAUCCUCUUCCUGCUGGCAGCCGUGUUCUUCGCGCUGGUCAGUCUGUCCUUCAGCAUCUACAAUGCACGGAAGGUCCCCUACCAGAGCAUCAAGGGUCACAAGGGACUCUACCUGUGGAAUAUAAUUGCCGCUGUGUUCGGUUCCCUGGCCGCACUCUGCUUCCUGGCAGCCAUGAGGCACCACCGCCUCACAGAGCGCGUGGUCAACUACCGGGAAAACCUCUUCACGUUGGUCGUCCUGAACGACGAGCUUGACUGGUCUUUCUGGUUGAGCGUGGCCAGCGUGGGAACUCAUCUGACAGUGUGCGGGGUGGUCGCCCUGAGUCGGGUCAAGCUGCCCAAAGCAGAGGUCAAGGUGCCAGAGCAGCCCACCAUCUCCUCGCUGGAUUUGCUCUACUGACAGUUAAAGUAAAGAUGGUGCCAGUGAUUGAAACUUGCCAAGUAGACAAGAUGUUAGAUGAGAAUCGGAUCAGAUUUCCUGCUAGUUCAUUGUGAAAGGCUCACAUUCAUGAUCUGAGGACGACAAUGUGAGCCAAAUGGCCAAUAUUAAUGCCCAUAAUGACAUAGUUCCAGGCGAGAGCACAGAAAAUAACAGAAAACACUUUUUAAAAAAUCUCUUUAUGCAUGUUGUUCGUGGCCUCUGUGUAUUAGCUAAAAGAAAUGUGUCAAUUUUUUAUUGUUGUAAGAAUCUUAGUGUUUUGCUAAGGAAGCAUAUUUUGUAUCUUAAGUAGCUGCUGAAACUGUUCAAAAUAUACUUGUAACCUUUUAUUAUUAUUAUUAUUAUUAUUAUUAUUAUUA